UGUGAUACCAACACGAUGAGAUUAUCCGAUAUUUCGUGAGAGAGGCGAAAGUGGAUAUCAAUCGAGCUAGCGGAUAUUUUGGCACUGCGCUCAACAUAGCUUGCAUAUUGCCGUUAGACAGCACAUGCAAGAUUCUUCUGGACGAACUCAGUGGGAGCACGGGUGUUGCUGACGAAAUGGGACGUCUGCCGAUUCACAUCGCAGCUGUUCAUUCGUCUGACAGGCUCUCGCACCUUGUCGAAGCUCACCGACUUAAGAAAAUUCCCUUGAGUACCGCAGACAUGACCGUUCGCACUGUCUUACACUGGGCAGCUCAAAGUGGGGAUGUCAAGGCGAUCGAUGAUAUCCUUUCAGCUCAAGUUGUGGACAUCGACCAAGGCGAUCGCGAUGACUGGACGGCAUUAUGCUGGGCUGCUAGAGGUCUGAGCUCGAAAGCAAAGUUUGAUAAAACACCCCAAGAUCAAGCAGAGGUGGUUAAAUACCUCCUCAAGGGGGGCGCGAAUGUCGAAGUCGAGUGUUAGACCAGAACGGGAUCGAAAUGGACCCCGUUGGAAAUCGCCUAUUUCCACAACAGUGGAAAAGAUAUCAUUGCGGCGUUGGCGAAUGCGAUCCCGAGUAACAGCAAGUCAAAGUCACUCGAGAAACUCAUAAAGAAAAAAAAAAUGGGCUAUCCACGUCAAGGAAUGGUUUGCUCUUGUUGUCAAUCG